AUGGAUGUCCAUGAGAUAACAACAAAAGUAGCUGCAAGUUAUGGUGACUUAGAAUUUUUAAAAUAUGCUCAUGAAAACGGUUGCAAAUGGGAUGAAGGUACAAUACUUACAGCAGUCAUGAUUGGUAAUUUAGAAAUUUUAAAAUAUGCACAUAAAAAUGGCUGUCAAAGGGAUAGCGGCAUACUUACUGUAGUUAUUAAAGGAGGUACUUUAGAAAUUUUAAAAUAUCUACUUGAAAAUGGAUGUCCGUGUGAUGAAAAUACAACACAAGCUGCUGCCAGUUAUGGUAAUUUAGAAAUCUUAAAAUAUGCAUUUGAAAACGAUUGCAAACGGUAUGAAGUUAAAAUAGUAACAGCAGCUAUGAAUGGUAAUUUUGAAAUUUUAAAAUAUGCACAUGAAAAUGGCUGUCCAUGGGAUUAUGACACAAUUAGAGUUUCUGCAGCAUAUAACAUGGAUAUAAUUGGACUGAAGGUACGAUGA